AUGUAUCAAGUCCAAAGGAACAAACCUUUCUACUGGACUAUAAAAGCGUUGCAUAUUGUUAUGGCAAUUCCCGUAUCAUUUGAAAAGUCUUAUUUAAGAAGAUUUUAUAUAAAAAACGUUGUUGUCAGAUUUGGCGCCUUUGCCUGUCUUGCCAUUUUGCCUUCUUGUCACUUGAUAUCUUCAAUUAAGGAACACAACGGGGCUGACAUCAGUGAAGACAUUUCAAUGAUAUUGGGGGGUGUGGGUACUGUCGUCACAAACACGUUAUUGGCAUUUAAAUACGACUUGUGGUCUACAUUUUUCAUGGACUUAGAAAAUUGCGGUCACCUGUUUGGAGAACCCUCGACGUUGAAGAAGAGGAAGAAGGAGCUGAACAUCUAUUCGCUAACAUACACGAUAUACACCUACUUCGGCCAAUUUGUAUACGGCCUGGAAGCUGCCUUGAAAUGGUCGGAUUGCAAGAAAUUGAAUGAGGAAAAGGGUCUGAAGGAAAUUUGCGGCGCUUUCUUUCCGCUGAAGUUGCCUCUUGAUGUGACCAGUCCCUUAGGAUCGGCUGCAAUAUUUGCUUUACAAUUUAGUUUUACCAUAUUCUCUAUACCGUCUGGAGGUGUUAUCUGCUUCAUGGUGUUAGAAGUCACGGAGGUGGUGAUAUGCUACUAUAAGGAACUGAAGAGCAACUUUGAACGGGUGUUUGAUGUACCCGAUGAAGAGAAAAGGAAGGAAAGGUUGCGAUUUUGUAUACGCUACCAUAAACACAUGUUAGGGUAA